AUGGAGUUGUCAUCAUCGCGGAAUAAGGAUACGGUGGUGGUGGAGCUGUCACCACUACAGAAUGCAGUGGUCGAGAUUACCGAAAAUCUAAAAGUCCAAUUGGAAGAUCUUCCAGAUUAUCGUAAAAGAAAAAUUAAUGGAGCUUCAAUCUAUAGAAUACCAGAGCACAUAAAGAAGGUUAAUCCAAACGCAUUCAAACCGCAGCAUGUAUCGUUCGGGCCAUACCACCAUGGGGAACCGCAUUUGUUGCCCAUGGAGAAGAAGAAACGUUUAGCAGUUCAAGACUUUGAAAGGCGCUGCGGAUUGUCCACUGAAGACAUGGUGACUGAGCUGUGGGACAUGUUGGAAGAUUUGCAGACAUCGUAUGAUAAACUUGAUGAUAAAUGGAAAACAAAACCAGCCAAAUUUUUGGAGCUCAUGAUGUUGGAUGGUUGUUUCAUGGUGCUUGUCUUGGAAGAGAUAACUGAAAUGAAACCUUUCCCCCCUAGGGAUACAUUGCGAGAUAUGUUGGUGCUUGAGAAUCAGUUGCCCAUCAAGCUUCUUGACAAGCUGUAUUCCAUGUUAAAGCAAGAGAAUAACCAAUUAGGUCUAUUUCUACUUAAUUCAAGUCCACUUCUAAUUGAUAUUGUCUUUUUUAAGCUUUCCUUUUUGAACUUCUCAGUUAGGGAGAGGUUUUCGACAAUUAAAUCGCUUGUUUGGGGGACGUUGAACUUUCCCACUCCCACUGGCGUAAAGGAAAUGUUAAUGGAGGAAGACUACUUGCAUGUUCUACAUAUGUAUAGGAAGGAAGUGAUGUUUUACAAUGAACAGAACCGACUUCGACAAAGCCACUUGGGAAUGGGUCAUGAGAUUCAGCUAGCCAGACGCUUCCAUAAAGCUGGGAUCAAACUCAAGAAAGGGUGUAACUUUAUGGACGUGGGUUUUGAUGAAAAAAAAGGUGGGUUGACUCUCCCGUUCAUCGAAAUGAAUGCUAACGUUGAAUCAGGCUUAUUGAAUGUGAUGGCAUUUGAGAAGCUUUCUGGGAUUGCGAACAUAGUAGGCUCUUUCGUCAUCUUGAUGGGUAAUCUACCGGAGAAAGAUGAGGUAGAUUCCUUCAAUCAACUGGCCAAAGGCACGGUUUUAGAAUUGUGGGGCCGCUUCUUUAAUGUCUACGAUUCGGUGAAUAAGCAUUCUAAGAGGCCAUGGAAAAUAUGGUGGACGACUCUCAAAGAUGCCAACUUUCAAAGUCCGUGGACUAUUAUCUCUACUUUUUCUGCUUUAAUCGGUUUUUCGCUCCUUAUUAUCCAAACCGUAUACGGAGUAUAUGGCUACUAUCUCCCACGUCGAUCUUGA